AUGGAUACUGCGACCUUCAAAACUCGUCUCCUAGUCUUAUUAGACACACAUGGCAUGGAAUUCGACCCUGCUGAGAAACCUCUUCUCCACGCUGAUGUGGCCAUACACUGCGGCGAUCUCACCGACGGUUCCAAGCUAGACGAGCUCCGAACCACCAUCAACCUCUUUAAAGACAUCGAUGAGCCUUGGGAGCUUGCCAUCGCCAGCAACCGCGAUUUCACACUGGACGACCUCGCGUUUCAGAACAAGGUCGAUGAAGUAACACCGCCUCUCGAUCCGCAACUCGUUGAGAAGGAAUAUGACGCGACCGGAGAGGUAAGGCGGCUGUGGGAAGGCGCAAAAGACGUAGGUAUCAUUCUCCCGGACGAAGGCGCCCACCAUUCCAUUCUCCAAAACGGGGCACAUCUGACUCUGUAUGCCAGCCCUUACAGCCCAUCGUUAGACCAUGGUCGCAACUUCGCCAUCCAGGAAGGCGUUGACGUGGUCGUCACCCAUAGGCCGCCGCAGGGCAUCAUGGACUAUACUCACGGCCGAGAAAGAGCUGGGUGCGCCGAUCUGUUCACCGCUGUUGCCCAAGUCCGACCACGGGUACACUGCUUCGGCCAUUUCCAUGAAGGAUGGCGCGUGAGGUUGGUGACCUGGCGAGAUACGCGCGGCGCCCGACCGACUCAUUUCACUGCCAUCGACAAUAACAGGUCCCAUGUGAUAGAAUGA